ACUCAUUAUUUCAUAAAAAUUCUUAUUUUUUGAGCAGGGCGAUAGCAUGGAUAAUGCGAGCGAUUAGGAUUUGCACCAAAACGUACCUAUAUAUUGUGAAUUCCCAAUAUAGUGAACUGAAAGGGUUAAAAUUCUAUAAACAUUCAUAUUAUUUUGUAGUUUGUGGUAAAAGAAGUCUUAGUGCAGGAUUUAAUGUAGCCAACAGUUUCUUCAGAUACAAGGUUCAAUCAAAUAAUGCUUUGGGAACAUCUGCGUAAAAGGUAUGUUGAAUCAUUCUUCAUGAACCCGUACUUAAUGGGCCAGCCUGGUACUACUACGCUACAGGAGUAUGCCAACUUGCAAAACUCACACCUAAGAGGACUUUAUGAGAAAAUGUUAAUGUCUCUCCAAACUAGGGGACAAUAUGAGUCUCUUUCAGAACUGUUGUCUAAGAGUGCUAGUGAGGCUGAGAGAGUUGUUUAUUAUGGGUAUUCAGGUGAGAGUAACAUUUCAGAGUCACACAGUUCUGAAUGUUCAGACAGUCCUGAUCAAAGAGACUUUCCCGAACAGGUAUUUAGUUCUGAACAGGUACAUAGUUCUGAUCAACCUCAAACUCAAACUUCUGAUCAACCUCAAAAUAAAAGUUCUGAUCAACCUCAAAAUCAAAGUUCUGAUCAACCUCAAAGUCAAAGUUCUGAUCAACCUCACAGUUUUGAUUCGAGUUCAGUUCAGCCACACAGUUUGGUUCAGCCACACAGUUCUGAACAGCCAUUUAGUUUUGAACGACGACGUAGCUUUGAACCGCCGCACAGUUUAGAACAGCUACUUAAUUUCAAGCAACCAAGCAGCUUUGAACCGUCACACAGCUUUGAACAAGCUUUCAAUUUAAAACUCUCGGUUGACAUUGAUAGCGUGAAUAAGGAGUGCAGCAUCAAUGGAAAGCAGUUGACGAGUGAUACAUCAGCAGGUGCAGGCUUAUCAGUGCAGAGUGAGCAUCAGGAUCGUGAGUGGGAGUUGCCCUACGACGAUUUCAAUUGCAACGUGUGCGGGAAAGUGUGCUUGACGAAGAGCCAGUUGAAAAACCACAUGGUGUCGCACACGGACGCCCGGCCUUUCAAAUGCGACGUCUGCAGCCGUACGUACAAGCGGGCUUUCGAAUUGAAGAAGCAUUUGGCUACCCACACGGGCGAGAUGGAGCACAUCUGCGACAUCUGCGGCUACGCCACUUUCCAGAAGUCCAACCUGGUGGUGCACCGGAAGAGGCACCUGAACGACUACAAGUUCAAGUGCACGGUCUGCCGGAAGGGCUACUACACCAACACGGAGCUCCAGCGGCACAUGAUCGUGCACAUGGAGCAGAACCCGUUCCAGUGCGACAUCUGCGGCCGGGCCUACCUCUACAAGAGCAACCUGUCCAUGCACAAGAAGAAGCAUGAGCCCAACUACCGCGAGGUGUUCAACUUCCAGUGCGAGUUCUGCGGCAAGCGGUUCUUGCACAACAACUCGCUCCGCAUCCACCGGAAGUACCACCUGGGGGAGAACCAGCUGGUGUGCGACAUCUGCGGCAAGACCCUGUCGGGCGGGGAGGCCCUGAAGGCGCACCGGCGCAUCCACACGGGCGAGAAGCCGUACGCCUGCGACGUGUGCGGGAAGCGGUUCAGCAAGCAGGACUACCUGAAGGUGCACCGGCGGGUGCACACGGGGGAGAAGCCCCACGCCUGCAGCGAAUGUGGCAAGGCCUUCUCGCAGUUGUCCACUCUGAUGAUGCACAAGCGGCUCCACACGGGCGUCAAGCCCUACCGCUGCGAGUCCUGCCCCAAGGCUUUCGUUUCCAAGACGCUUCUGAAGAGUCACCAGAAGGUGCAUCCAACUUAAAUGAACAACAAUAUUCCCCCCACACUAACUGAUUGAGAGGUUUUUUCAAGGUGGGUUGUAUUGACUGUUGCAAUAAAAAGAAAUUGUUUUUAUUUUGAGUAAAGUUGAAUAAAUAAUUUCAGCAGUGUUAAGUGUCUUGUUCCUGUACAGUAGUCAGAGGUGAAGACUGUAGCAUUGAUAACUUUUUGUGUAGCCAAAUAGUCAUACCUUUAUUUGUUGAAUAUUAUUUUUUUAAUUAUAUUUUUUUUAGUAAGUUUGUUAUUUUUGCAUUGAUUGAUCUGAUUAUACUGUAAGAUAAUUGGGAGACCUGUUUUCAUUCAAGCCAUUAAUUAAAUUGUUUACAAUGACUAAUAGAUUCAAAUCACUUGAUAAUUUGUUAAUGAGCAAGUGUAUGUUUUCUCUUGGGUUUUAAUCAAAAAAAUUUUAAAAUUCUGUUAAGGAUUACUGAGGGAUUAAUAAUUCAGUUUAUGUAGUCUUGUGUAAAUAAUACUUGAAAUCCAUGUAAAUCUUCUAGAUUGUUAUGCUUAGCUCUAUAAUGCAUUUUCCAGCAGAAGUUUUGGUUGAUCAAGCAGUUUAUCUGUCUGUGUAAUUUUACCCUAUUACUUGAAACUGUGUUAUUACUAUACCAGGGGUAAAUAAAAAGUUCUUUUAAAAAUA